UGAUUGGCUCAAUGUGCAAACAUCAUCAAAUAUUCUUCAUUGAUUAACACUGGACCUUUUAUAUUAAAUGUAUGUGUAAUUGAGUGUAACACCCAGCGGUGUAAAGUUACCAUCUACUUUAACCCUGCUGUUAUCAUCAAAUGUACUACCAUCUGUUCACAAGGAUAAGGGAGGUGAAUUAGCUCAUCCCCCACCCACCCAGCAUGCUAGGUGACACAAAUCAAACACACCUGCUGCCAUGUUACUUCACCAACAGGUGCAUGCUGGUUGUGGCUAACAUGCUAAAUGCUAACAUGCAGAUGGAUGAUCCUUCAGGUUCAGACAGCUAAACAAUGCAUUUUUUUUUUUACACUGUGGAGGAAACCACAACACUGCCAGUCACACAGCCGGUCACACUGCCAGUCACAGAGGAAGGAGGGGGCUUUACUUGAUGCGACUAUGAAGUGAACAAAGGGUAGACAUCAUUUCCCCAACUGUUACAAUGGAGGAAACAUCUCUACUCUGGCUGCUUUUUCUGAUCUCAUUGCUGAGCAGCACAACAAACCAAGCCUCUCUGAUUGUGAGUCCUCGCAGCUCUCAGAUGUUUAGAGGACGGCAUGUCUCUCUGAGCUGUGAGGAGGACGACAGGUCGGCCAGAUGGACUCUGAGGAGGAACACAGUCAAAGACAAAGAUGAAACCAGAGCUGAGUGUGGGGUAGACUGGGGAAAAACUGUUGGUUCGUCAUGUAAAAUCAGCUACAUCCUCCCAUGGGACAGUGGAGUUUACUGGUGUGAGUCCAGAGAGGGAGCAACCAGCAACAGCAUCAACAUCACUGUCUCUGAUAAACCAGUGAUCCUGCAGAGUCCUGUCCUCCCUGUGAAGGAGGGAGAAGACCUCACUCUGACCUGUAAAACCAAGAGGUCCUCCAACCUCCCAGCUUGUUUCUAUAAAGAUGGCUCCUUCAUCAGGACUGGGCCUGCAGGUCACAUGACCAUCCGCCAUGUUUCCAGGUCUGAUGAAGGCCUCUACAAGUGUCUCAUCAGCAGUGUUGGAGAGUCUCCACCCAGCUGGGUCUCUGUCACAGGUGAGGAGGUUACCUUUGAUUUCAGGAGUUCAUUCAUCCAGAUAUUCACCUGACAGCUGAUUCUCUCUACAGAGAAACCAAAGACCACAAGCCCUCCUUUGAGCUCUCUGCUGCCUCCUGAAACCUCAGCUCCACCUAUGGCCUCAGACCACAUCCACCUUGUGUUAAGACUGGUCUGCCACCUGGUGGUGUUCUGUCCGUACUGCAUCUCCACUUUCAUCAUGGUGUCUCUAUAUAGAGACAGGACCACAGUGACUGUAGGAAAUGACCUGCCCAUCUCCGUGGUGACGACCCCGCCCACCCAGGCUGUGGAAGGAUUGGAAGAUAACUAUGAUAUCAUCACUGCUGUCACCACAGUACACCACUUCUGAACUGAUUUGAAAAGAAGCUCAAGUGUUUUGAGUCCUCAUAGAUCAGAAAAAGGGCGGAACUGAAAGGUUUUGUCUCAUUGCAAAUCUUUGAUCUGAACUGGACUUUAGUAGCAGAUAGUUGAUCAGGUUCUGCUGUAAAGAAAGAAACGUGUAAAUCAAUUCAUGAAUAAAAGUAACACAACUU